CUGUGUUUGACCUCCUUGCACUUCAUCUGGCGGUUGUGGAUUGGCGGUGGUUGUGUGUGGUAGCGGUUGACUAACAAGCGAACGACGAGGUGUCAUUGAUGUGGCCCGCAGCGCUCCACAAAUGAAGGUGCAUAGGCGUUAAUUGCUCCACGCCUAUUACGUAUUACUUGCGCUUUGUGGCUAUGUACCCAGUCUUGUCUGACGACUCACUGCUUGCAAGUUAGUCGCUUCACCUCUCCGACAACCUUGUCUCGUAGGUUAUGUCGCUAAAAUUACGAGCUAAACGCAGCAAAAAGUCGCCUUUAUGGCCUACGAUGUGACAGAGUCCGGUCCAAAGCAGCAGGGCUCGACCACUCCAAAAAAUGCUGCAGCUCGCUUGGUCAACGCAUACUGGGCCUCAGGCGUGGCGCUUAUUGCGACUGCAGCCUUCCUGUUUAGCUGCACCAGCCUAGCAGUAAAGCUGCUUGGCGAUGAGGUCCCAACAUUCCAAGUGGUUUUAGUGCCUGGCGUCAUUUGUUUCAUCGCGAACAGCGUCCUAGUACAGCUUUAUGGUCUAAGCGUCCGAAGCAAGUCAUGGCGCAUCGCCGGGCUUACUCUGCUGCGUGGCCUGCUGGGUGCGACGAGCAUCAUUUGCUUCUACCUCGCCAUUGACCUGCUGCCCCUGCAAGAUGCCGUAACACUCUUCUUCUGCAGUCCCGUCAUCGCAGCCCUGCUCGAACCGCUUCUCGUUCCCGAACCGCCCGGAGGGGUCCGCGCGCAGGGCGGCUGGGCGGGCGCCGCCGCCACCGCCGCCACCGUGAUUGGGGUGGUGCUUGUGGCGCAGCCCGAGAGUCUCUUCCACGGCGGCCUGCCAACGCUGCCGGCGCCCGCGACCGCAGCCUCCGCCUACCCCGCCUUCCCUGCUCCGUCGCCCUCCUUUCCUUCCCCACAUGGUGGUGCAGCAGGGGUUGGCGCAGGAUGGGGUGUAGCAGCAGCAGCGGCGGCAGCAGCAAGAGCAGCAGCUGCAGCUCCGCAGCAGGCGGGGGUGCCAGGUUUCCUAGCGGGCCUUGCUCCAGCAGUUGGAAGAGGAGGAGAAGGGCGGUGGGCGGAGAUUGGGCUAUCAGG